GAAGCAGAAAAAGUAUACAAACAGCACAAUGCUCUGUCAUCAUUAUUUUUCUGUUUUAUUGGUGGUUCCAGUUACUAUUCUGAAAGUUGAAUGCACAGUAGGAACCCAGCGUAACAAGACAAGACCGUUUCUAAAAUAUUAUGAAUUCCUAUCAUAUGACCACAAUGCCCUAGAUGAGAAUCACAUGAGAUCUAAAAGAGCCACACAGCAAGAGGAAAGAACAGUUUCCUUGGAGUUCUUGGCAUAUAGAAGGAAGUUUGAAUUAAUAUUAAGAAGUGAUGCAAGUGUGUUUGCAGAUGAUUUUGAAGUAAUAUCCAAUGAUAAAUCUAUACCAAAGGAUAUAUCAUUUGUAUAUUCUGGGGCACUGAAAGAUGAGGAUGGAUCAUAUUGCUAUGGUUCUAUCAUCAAUGGCCAUUAUGAAGGGCUAAUACAAACUAGCAAUGGGACAUUUUAUGUGGAAUAUGAGAAGGAUCAUUAUAAUGGAACAACAGAUUCAUAUAUUUACCAUGAGGCAGAUAUUGACUAUUCCCUUAUGAAAGAUGUGCAGUUUAUUCAUUUGGCUUCCAAACCAAGUGAGCUUGUAGAAAAAAUGAAAUUGGAUGCAAAGGAGCAAUCUGUAGAAAGAACUAAAAGAAGUGUGGAUUUGUCCCGUACAACAUGUAUGCUUUACCUGACAGCUGACUAUUUAUUUUACCAAACAUUUGGAAGUGUUGCACAAGUGAUUUCACAGAUUGCUGGAUAUAUGAAAGCUGUAAAUGCAAUAUAUGAGAAAGUAGACUUUGAUGGCAUCAAGAAUAUCAACUUUAAAGUAAAAAUGCUAAACAUAAUCGAGGAGAAUGAACCUUCUAAUUACAUGAAUCCUGCUUUUAUUGGCCCAGAACAUCUUCUGACGCUACACUCAGAGACCAAUUGGAAUAAAUAUUGUCUUUCAUACUUGAUAACAGACCGAGAUUACAGUGGCACUCUUGGCAUCGCAUGGGAUGGAAGAACAGGAAAUAAUGGAGGCAUAUGUUCUAAAUUUUCCAAACAUAAAAACAUUUCUGAUAGAGAGGCAACACUGAAUACUGGACUUAUAACAAUACAAAAAUAUGGACAAUACUUACCACCAAGAGUAAUCCAUAUAGCACUUGCACAUGAAUUGGGCCAUAGCUUGGGAUCUCCUCAUGACGGAUCUGACGAAUGUUCACAUAUCAUAAAUGAAAAUAGUAAUGGGAAUUAUUUGAUGUAUCGUUAUGCUACAGACGGGACUCAGUACAACAAUGAUAAAUUUUCUCCCUGUUCAAUUAAAAUGAUUGGAAAUCUUUUGAGGAAGAAAAAAGAUCAAUGCUUUACUGAGAGUGGUCUUCCAAUUUGUGGAAAUCGAAUAGUAGAGAGUGGAGAGGAAUGUGAUGUAGGUUUAAAGGAUAAUGAUGCCUGCUGCUAUGGCGCCAAUGCAUCACCCGAACUACAGUGCAGAUUAAGGCCUGGGAAACAGUGCAGUCCAAGUGAAGGACUCUGCUGCAGUGAGAGUUGUUACUACAAGUCAGAAGGAGAAAACUGUCAGAAUGAAACAGAAUGCACAUUUGAGAAUAACUGCACAGGUGUAUCUGCUAAAUGUCCAAAACCUACUGUAAAAGAUGAUAAUACUUUGUGCAACUUUGGAACAAGAAUAUGCACUCAAGGGGUAUGCCGUCAAUCAAUCUGUUUAAAGUUUGGUUUAGAGCAAUGUGAUUGUGAAAGUAAUUCCAUCUACGAAAUGUGUCAGCUUUGCUGUAAGAAACCAGGAGAUGGAUAUUACUGUAAAAGUACAUCUUCUGCAGAACUGGAACAUUAUUUCAAAAAAACUCUUAUUCAACUUCCUCCUGGAUCACCAUGUGGAAAAAGGCAAGGGUACUGUGACAAGUUUCAUAUCUGUCGGCUUGUGGAUGCAGAUGGACCCAUUGCCAGACUUAAAAAUUCUUUCCUAAAAUUAAAUGAGAUAGACGACAUAGCAACAUGGAUGAAGAAUCAUUGGUGGGCCAUCCUUAUUAUUAUUUUAACAAUUUCUGCCAUAAUGGCUGGAACAGUGUUUAUCUUUGGGAGAACCGUGGACUCUGAAAUAGGAAAAGAAAAACAAAAAGAAUCACGACGACAACGGAAACCGAAAAAGGAAAUUGUUUACUGGGAAACAGAAGUUAACGUUGCAUCUGCAUAUUAUCAACAAGAGACUAAAAUGUAGAGGAGAAUAAGUCAAGAUAACAUCAGAGGAUGAAAAUUUAAAUUAAACUAGAAUGUAAACUGGUCACUUUCUGUUAAAGGGACAGUCUACACUAGAAUUUUUAUUCUUUUCUUUUUACCUCUGUGAUUACCUUGUAUCUAAGGCUCUGCAGACUGCCCCCUAUUUCAG